UUAAAGGGAAGAGGGACACUCGGCUCAGUUGUCUCCUCCCAUCUCUCUCGUUCUCUGCAAUAUCUUUUUAGAUCUAAAUUAUGACGUUUGAUGUUUUCAUCAGUUUUAGAGGAACCGACACUCGAAGAACUUUUGUGAGCCAUCUUUUGCUUUCUUUGUUUAAACGGCAGUUCAAAACUUUCAGAUGUGAAGAAGAGAUUCCUCGUGACCAGCCAGCUUCCUCUCAAGUGCUUGAGGCAAUUAAAGAGUCCAGAAUUGCGAUUGUGGUCAUAUCGAAGAACUACACUGCUUCAGUCUCGUGCUUAGACGAACUUGCGAUGGUAAUUGAGUGUAAGGAGAAACAGUCGUUGUUGGUUGUACCUGUCUUAUACGAAGUGGAUCCUUCGUAUGUUUUACUACAAGCAGAAAGCCUAGGCAAUGGAGAUAACAACUUGGAGAAGGUGAAGAGAUGGAGGGAUGCACUAGCAAAUACGGUUCAUAUUUACCAGCAAGAUUACUCGCGUUGGAAAGAUGAAGACGACUCGUACUCGUACAUUAUCGACAGAGUUAUGGGUAACGUUUCUCGCUGUUUGAGACCAUUAGUUCCUAGGCGAGCCCCAAGCAGAGUUGAUAAGCCUGCACCAAGCAAAGCGUAUUCUAAUAUAAAAAUGUGUAGAUUUAUCCUGUUAAUUCCCAUUGGAACUGUCGCCGUGGGGAUCGGAGUUGUUAAAGCUUUUCUCGGGAAUAUAGCUGGAAUAUUCAUGAAUAGAGCAAAGCGUAUUAGGAGUGUCAAACCUAGGCCAGCAGGAAGCUUCGUGGACGUGCAGAAAGACAAGUAUCUAACUGGAAAUGAUGUGUCCCCAUUUGUUCUGUCUAACGAUUCCGGUUGCUUUGUCGGGAUGGAUCGUCACACGGAAGCGGUUAAGGCAAUGCUGGAGUUGCAAAUAAAAGUUGGAGUUGGAGUUGGAGGAAUCGGCAUUUGUGGUGUAGAUGGAGUUGGCAAAUCCACACUCGCUAGAUGCGUUUAUGAACAUAUCUCACCACUGUUUCAAGAUCACCACUACUUCAUCAAUGAUAGAAAAAAGAACUUUUCGCCAUGUUUACUGGAGGAAAUAACAAGAGCUCUUCUGUUUCUAACAUCGUCAGACUCAGUCUCCGAGAGCCUCUGUGAAGUUGUGAAGGCAAAGCUCGGACACCGAAAGGUUUUGCUUAUCGUUGAUGAGGUGCGUGGCAUUAACCAGCUGAGAAACAUAUGGAAGUUUUUCGGACUGUUUGGUCCGGGGAGCAGACUGAUCUUAGUCACCACCAAAUACAAGGAUUUGCUAGUCCAGUGUGGAGUCAAACGCAUCUACGAAGUUGAGUCAAUGAGAUUUGAUGAAGCUCUUCGACUCUUUUCCCUAUUUGCAUUCAAGCAGGAACACGUUCCUAGAGGUUUCUACCAGCUCUCUGUUCGUGCUGUCUUAAUAACAUGUUGCAUUCCCCUGGCCCUAAAGGUUUUCGGUUCCUUCUUACGCGGGAAAUGCAUCAAUGAAUGGGAGUUAGAGCUGUGUAGACUCGAAGCAUCACAACCUACCUGUGUCGCAAGAGUUUCCAGCUACAUUGCAAAUGCGUUUUCUUUAUGAACCCAUCACACAAACGAAAGCUACCCCUUGGAUUCUUGACGAUGAUGAAAUAUCUUUCAUUUUUCUUCACCCUUGAGGUUUGAUUACAUGUAGGCUAUAAGUCAUUCAGAAUGUCUACAUAUGAUUUAAAUCAACCAAUUGACAAAUCAUAAUUUUAAUUUCUUA